AUGUCAUCGGAAGAGGUGGAAGAAUGGAAGUGUCUGUACAUGGACACCUUCGGAUACCGCUUCCCGCUCUUCCAUCCCUCACACGGCGUCUUCGACUUCCAACGUGUUCCCAAAACAGCGACGACUUUGCCCCAAGACCCGAAUCCAUGGAAGACUUCGUAUGAGCAGUUGAGUCGUGGCGUUCAUGUUCUAAAUAGUUUGGAGCAGUUCAUCGGAGCAGCCGAAUUUCAGUGCUUUGAUCACAUUGAAGAGGCGUUACGGUGAGUUGUGUUAUUCUUUUUUUAUAAUAAAAGAUCAUAUGAGUUCAGAUUCCUUGAAGAGUCGCCAGAAGGUCACGAAAAGCUGAUUUUCCUUCACGAAGGCACUCAUGAAGUCACAAAGACGAUUCGAAUAACUUCCAAUGUUCAAAUACUCGGAGCAAGUGCCGCUGAAGACGUGGCAACGACAGUAAUCCUGACGGGAAAGCACGCGACCGUGCUCGAGUUCUCCGAAGGUGCACGAUCCGCCUAUUUCGGGUUGGUGACGGUCAAGUACGAGUUGGAUAACUACGAGCAGGAAGAAGCGGACCACCUGAUAAUGGAGGUGGACGCCGGAGAACGGGAGCAUCGGGAUGAGGUCGAGGACGAAGAGCAUCCGAACGGAAAUGCGGAUCCGCCGAGGACGAACCACUCGUGCGCCAUGAUAAUCACUGGAGAAGGCGUCGAGCCGACCAUCGAUUACUGCCACUUUUUGUCGGACAACGUGGACAGUCAUACGGUUGUUAUCAAGGAUCACGCAGCGCCCAAAGUGAGUUCAUUAUCUUAUUGCUCUUCAAUCUUUCUUUCCAGAUGAAAAACUCGACGUGUAUGGGCGGUUCUGGAGGUGGAAUUCUGGUCACUCAUCAGGCCACCGGGUACUAUUCCAACUGCGAAUUCGCUCGCAAUCAACUCUCCGGAAUCCGAGUUCAGAUGCUCGCCAAUCCGUACUUUUUCAACUGCCACAUUCAUCAUCAAGGAGACGUCGGGAUAUUCAUUUUGGAGUGAGUUUUCUUUGUGAUUACUGCAGCUAUUUCUUUCGUCUUUCAGCGAUGGCCUCGGUCAUUUCCAAAACUGUAACAUCUACGGCAACCAGAAGUUCGGCAUCGAGCUGAAGAGCCCGGCGACCAAUCCGACGGUGAUCGGCUGCGAAAUCCAUCACGGCGCAACCGGAGGCAUUUGUGUACACGAGGAGGCAACCGGACAGUUUCUGAAGAACCGCGUUCAUUUCAAUGAGUUUAUCGGCAUCUGGAUCUCGGAGGGCGCCGACCCGAUUGUGCGACAGAACGAGGUGUUCGACGGGAAGCACGGAGGCAUUUAUGUGCACGGAAACGGCAAGGGACUCAUCGAGGAGAACGACGUGUACGGCAACGAGCUGGCCGGAGUUUGGGUGACGACUGGCGCCGAGCCGAGGAUCCGCAACAACCAUAUUCACUCGGGGAAGCAGGCCGGCGUCUACUUCUACGACGGUGGAUGUGGCCUUCUGGAAGGCAACGAGAUCAAUGGAAACGCACUGUCGGGAGUGCAAAUCCGAACGGGAGCCAACCCGAAAAUCAGCAAAAACCGCAUCUGGAACAACGAUAACGGCGUCCUGACACACGACACGGGCAUGGGCAUCUUCGAGGAGAACACGAUAUUCGACAACGCGAUGACGAACGUCUUCAUCAAGGAGGCCGCGAUGCCGGUGGUUCGCAGGAACAAGAUCUUCGGAUCGAGGGGAACGGGAGUGAGUGUGACGGAAGGCGGAAAGGGAUUGAUCGAGGACAAUGAGAUAUUCGACAAUGCACAGGCGGGAGUGCUCAUUCUGUCCGAGGGAAGUCCUGUUUUACGCUCGAAUCGGGUGCACGGCAACAAAGCGGCCGGCAUUGAAAUCUCGUCGAAAGGACCCAACACUCUGGUGAAAGAGAACCGAGUGUUCCGGAAUCGAUUCGGAGGUGAGACAGAAAUACCGCUCAUCCAAAUGCUAGUUGCAUAGACAUCAAAAAGUUGUCAACAGAUCAUGGUCUCCAGAGCUGACAAUGGGCGCAAGUGCGCCCCGCCCAAUAGAGCGAUACAUUGGCGCGAAAUUCAAAUUUUAACAGCAAAAUUUGUGUUUUUUGCCAGAUAAGCCACGAAAACCCGAUAAUUUUUCAUUUGUCUCUCGAUAGACCGAUUAUAUAGGCUAUUACGAAUUUUUUAAGCGCAAGAGUGUCAAAUUUGGUCAAGUCGCAAAUCACAUUUAGCCGUUUGAAGGUUUUUGGCUAAAACUGCGUGAAUUUCAGUUGCUUUUCGGUAGUUUUCGCGGUUCGAGCGCUCAAAAUGCUCGUAUUUACGUGAUUUAUCAUUCUCAAAACCAAUUCUGUCUGGAAACGGUCAAGAAAGCGCAAAAUGAGAAGGGCGGUUUUUAGGCGGCGAAGACGAAAAAGCAGUCCGCGAAAAAUGCGCCAAAACGUCAUUAAUUCUGAGAAUUAGUGUGUUUUCAUGUCGAACAAUCAUUAUUCAUCGCCUUUGACUACAAAAAUCAGAGAAAACUUGCUCAAUUCAUGAAAACGCCAUUUGUCCGCCGAGGCGACGCCCAUAUUGUCAGCUCUGGAGACCGUGAUAUACGGAUAAAAUUUAUCAGUUUGUUAGUUGACAACUUUUUGAUAUCUCUACCGGAAACUGAAAUAUAUUGUCUUGAAGAUACGCAAUAUGUAUUGCAGGUAUCAUGACAGCAAGCGGCUCAAAUGUGACCGAAGAACUGAAUCAAGUGUACGAUAACCUGGACAAAGUGGUAAAAGCCAUCGAGAAGGGAAAGUGUCUGUUCUCGGUGAGCGGAAAGGAAUCGUUCCCGAUGCACAACUUCUACAGGUAUUGCCCCAAACUCCUCAGCUUCUUCAAAUUCAUUUCUUUCAGAUGCAUAACGUGCAACACUUCGGACCGGAACGGAAUAUGUCAAAGCUGUAUAGAACGGUGUCACGAAGGACACGCGGUGAUGUUCGUCCGAUGCGAUAGGUACCGGUAGCUCUACUGCUCAAUUUUCAUGCCUCACGUUUUACGGUGGUAAAAACUUUCAGGUUUUACUGUGACUGCGGUGCCGACCACUUGGACCGGUCGUGUUGUCUUCGGCAGAAAUGA